GCGGUUGGAAUUCAAAAGUGGCGGGUGUGGCAUCGGGAUAGCCACCGGAGUCCGGAGCGCGCGUGCUUUGUGUCGCGAGCAGGUGAGAGAACGCGGGUGCCAGGAGCCCCGGCGCCGUGUCCUCUUCCAUUGUGCUCUCCUGGAGCGUGUGGCACGGAACUGGACAUGGAGCCGCAGCAGAGGUCCCCCUUGUUGGAAGUGAGGGGGAACGUAGAGCUGAAGAGGCCCCUGGUCAAGGCUCCUUCUCGCCUGCCUCUCCCGGGAACCAGGUUUAAGAGGGGACCUGACCGGAUGGAGGAUGCCUUGGAGCCAGAGAAGAAAAGGACACGAGGACUGGACACAGUGACCAAAAUUGCCACGUCACACCCCAGACCACCAGCCCUCACUGUGAGGCCACAGACACAAAGCCAGACCACAGCUCCCAAAGUUCCCAAGAAGACAGGACCCCGCUGUUCCACAGCUAUAGGCACAGUGUUGAAGAAACAGAAACCAGACCCUGCCGUUCCUGCCCAGAAGCCUGGAGCAGCUGCCCCUCCCACGCUGGGAGGGAAGAAACCCACCAAACGUCCAGCCUGGGACUUAAAGGGUCAGUUAUGUGACCUAAAUGCCGAGCUGAAGUGCUGCCGGGAGAGGACUCAGACACUGAACCAGGAGAACCAGCAACUGCAGGACCAGCUCAAGGAGGCCCAGCAACAGGCCAGGGUCCUGGGGGCAGAGUGCAGGACACUGGAAGGGGAGUUGGCCAGGGUGCAAGCCCAGGCUGAGCAGGGCCAGCAGGAGCUGGGGAACCUCAGGGCCCGUGUCCUGGAGCUGGAAGAGCAGCUGGGCACACAGCAGGGCUUGGUGCAAGAGCUCCAGAAAGAACAAGUGGGAUUACAGGAGGAGCGAAGGGGACUGGCUGCCCGGCUGGAGGAGCAGGAGAGGAGGCUGCAGGCGUCGGAAGUGGCUCUGUCGGGCAGCCAAGCGGAGGUGGCAUCUCUGCGACAGGAGGCUGCCACCCAGGCGACCUUACUGGUGGCACAAGGAGAACGUCUCCAUGGGCUAGAGAUGGAGCGCCGGCGACUGCACAACCAGCUGCAGGAACUCAAAGGCAAUAUCCGUGUGUUCUGCCGGGUGCGCCCUGUCCUUCCGGGGGAGCCCACCCCAUCCCCGGGCUUCCUCCUGUUUCCCUCUGGCCCCGGUGGGUCCUCGGAUACUCCAACCCGCCUCAGCGUCUCCCGGUCUGACGAGCGUCGUGGGACCCUGAGUGGGACGCCAGCCCCCACCACCCGCCACGACUUCUCCUUUGACCGGGUUUUUCCACCCGGGAGCGGGCAGGACCAAGUGUUUGAGGAGAUCGCCAUGCUUGUCCAGUCAGCCCUGGAUGGCUACCCAGUAUGCAUCUUUGCCUACGGCCAGACAGGCAGUGGCAAGACCUUCACCAUGGAGGGCGGGCCUGGGGGAGACCCCCAGGUGGAGGGCCUGAUCCCUCGGGCCCUGCGGCACCUUUUCUCCGUGGCCCAGGAGCUGGGCGGCCAGGGCUGGACCUACAGCUUUGUGGCAAGCUACGUAGAGAUCUACAAUGAGACUGUCCGAGACCUGCUGGCCACGGGGACCCGGAAGGGCCAGGGCAGUGAGUGUGAGAUUCGCCGGGCAGGGCCGGGGAGUGAGGAACUUACUGUCACCAAUGCCCGAUAUGUUCCUGUCUCCUGUGAGAAAGAGGUGGAGGCCCUGCUCCAGCUGGCCCGCCAGAACCGGGCAGUGGCCCGCACGUCCCAAAACGAGCGAUCAUCACGUAGUCACAGUGUGUUCCAGCUACAGAUCUCUGGGGAGCAUGCUGGACGAGGCCUGCAGUGUGCGGCUCCCCUCAGCCUUGUGGACCUGGCUGGGAGUGAGCGGUUAGACCCUGGCUUAGCCCUUGGCCCUGGGGAACGGGAACGCCUUCGGGAAACACAAGCCAUUAACAGCAGCCUAUCCACCCUGGGGCUGGUCAUCAUGGCCUUGAGUAACAAGGAGUCCCACGUUCCUUACCGGAACAGCAAGCUCACCUACCUGCUGCAGAACUCUCUGGGUGGCAGUGCUAAGAUGCUCAUGUUCGUGAACAUUUCCCCCCUAGAAGAGAACGUCUCUGAGUCCCUCAACUCCCUACGCUUUGCCUCCAAGGUGAACCAGUGUGUUAUUGGUACGGCCCAGGCCAACAGGAAAUGAAGACAGAUCCAGAUCCUACAUGUGUGUUUCGGGGUGGGGUGGGACGGCUGAGGGAUGCUUUGUUGGGGGGGAGGGGCUCUGUGUGACCUGGGUCUAUCAAAUAAAGAACAGUUUUUUGUUGUU